UGUCAAUAAGAGAAGCUCUGUCCCGGGUUAUAAGGACAUACUUCGUUCCCUGGAAUCGCUGUUAUAGCCAUAUAUAGGUCCGGACAACGACCAGGCUAGAGAGAAAUCAGGCAUCUACCCCUAACGGCAAAUCCGAAGACACCGCCAAAUUGCUUUUACGUAAGCUGCGGGAAAUAAUGAUGCUUGCUGUCGAGCAGAAGGUUCAGGAAUUUGCCGUACAUGUUGGCCUUGCCAGAGGCUGCUCCUCCCCAACUCCCAAUGACAAGACUCCUUGUAGUUUGAACGUUAGCGUAUCGGGAAGGCAAACGCCGACUGAGCACCAAAGGUACCAGCUAUGGCCAAUCUGGAAAAAGUCAGUAAUGACGUCUGGACGGCGGACACCAGAUCUAAGUGACCUCAAGAAGAACCCGUUCAAGGAGGGCGGAACACUUCAUCGGCGUCGUAAAAUUAGUGUUCCGGAAUUAAGGCCAAUGACGACCGUCCAGGAAAAGAAUUCAGAUUCGCCAACAUUACCAGCUAAAUUUCCUACUCAUGAACGGUCGAGUAGCGCCCCUGGAGCAUCCUGGAGCCGGCCAACGUUCAAAGAUUCCGCCCUCGAUGCUGUUGGAGAACCAGUAAGUUCGUCAAGAGAGUCCUUUGGAAAAGUGCUUAGACCUUCUCCGAUGGAAGAUGAUGGCCAUAAGUCAAUAAAAAGGGCCUCCUCAUUACUGCUUCCCGACGCACUAGAGCCAUAUCCCUUUGUUGCAGAUGAAGUUGGAUCUUCAAAAGGCAAUUUGCCUAUAAAACAUCCAAGACCAAACCAAUCGGAGAAAGACAAACCGCCUGAAGUGCCGCCAAAAUCACCCAGACUCGGCCUGCGAACCUUGGCUACCCAGCCAGUGGCCAACUAUUUCAGCGCCAGCUCAAAUUCCUCCGCUACAACAUUGACUGCUCCAACGAACAGUCCCACAGCCUGCAAGUGUUCCACGCAGAGUUUCAUAUUUCCCUUACACGCCAAGACCGUCGAAACACAGCCGGGUUCAUUUGAUCUGGGAGUCCCUGCGACCCCAUGGAUCUCGCCGUCUCCACUGAAGGGCAGAGGUACCCCCAAGCAUUCAAGGAACAGAAGUGUCGGGGUUUGCCAAACGUAUCCAAGCACGAUCACAUCACCGCCCAUGCUGCAUAGAAAAGGUUCAAUGUCGCUAGAUAACAAGCCAGACAUCCCUGUAGACUCAAUCGCGGUGAAGGCACCCCCAAGGAAUAAAUCUCCAAUGGAGGAGAGUCCAAGGGCGGUUAAACCGAAUAAUGAACCUCUUGACUGCUCAUCCCUGAUCUUACCAGCCGGAAUCCCGGCACACACUGCUCCAAAGCUGCUUCCAUUCGAUGAAAUCGAGAGAUUAAAAGACCAGGCGUGGGACCAGGCCAAGAGAUUUGAAGUACUAAAGUUCUCCGAAGUCCGAUCGCUUUCUAGGGAAUUGCGAGUACUCGAUAAAAGGUGCGAUUAUCUCCGCGAAACUUACAAGUCAUUGCGAUCCGGGCGCCGUAGCCUGCACACACGCAUGAUCUCGUACCUCAAAUCGCCCCGGGUUUCCAAGUUCUCGAGGGAAGGCAUCCUCAAGCAAGAAGAAGCUCUCUCCGAACUUGACCAGUCAAUUGACGAAUGGGUCUACAAGCUGGAACAUGCUGAAAACAAACGGAUUCGUAUUCGACAGAAGUUGCUUGAGCACAUGGCUGGUGCAAUGACGUUGUGGGCUCCACACUAUGAUAGUGUUAUUUUAGCAGAUGACCAGAUACCAUCUCGAAGCCCAUCGAGAGCGGAGACUCCGCUGGGCGUUAACCGCCGGGAGGUAGAAUCGAUUAAGAUAUAUGCAGGUGCCGAACUGCACACUUUGUUUGCUAACAUCGAAAGGGAGAUGGAAAAGAUGGUCAAUCCUGCGCCGUCAACUCCACCCACAGCCACGCUGGUAUCCUAACGGGCUCACGUCCGCACAGCACGUUCGUACACACGAUGAAUUCUCGCUCGCAAAUGCUCUGAAAGCCAUUCCAUACGACACAAUGAUUUUCUUCCUUCAGUGAACUUUUUGCCUCUAUUUCUCUUUAAUCCAAUUUCUGGACGAGCAAUGUGGUCAUUGGAUCAGGCAUGGCGCAAUAAGGCACUUUGCUGUAACCUUUGGCAACAGGUCAACGAUGUCGGAUUCAAGUCUUUUGGAAAUUGUAUGCUUCCAUGAUUUCCCUGUUCAUUUCCUUAUUGUAUAUAUCCAUUAUGUUAUGUUCUCCUGCUGUUUGUUAUGAUUUGAUCAAGAUAAUGGGAGGCUGGUUAUAAGAGGAAAUGAAAUAAAUGAAGUAUUCUUUCUACAAAAAUGUAUACCAUAGGUAGAGAUGCAAG